AUGGUGUCCGUCCACGCUCCUUCGUAUAUCCCGCCGCUGACCUUCGAGCCCUUCGUCCUCGGCGACGGCUCCAAGUCACUGACCACCACUCUUUCUAUUCCCAGCGCUGCAGAUGACAUCCCGUGCGCCUAUUCCAGACUACGCGGGCCGCGCAUUCGCCGCAAGCAUUGGAACAGCCCUCCUCAUCUGCAACACCUACCCGUGCCCUUCGAUGCUGACCCUCCCGCAGAACCGCAACGCCCGGCUCUGAAGGCGACGUCUGGUUUUGCUCUGGGAGACUCACCGCCUCUGCAGGUAUCAGGCGUCACAUCGGAUGAUGUGCGAACACAAUCGGAAGCCGAUGGCGCGCCUCAAUGGGUACCCCCUCGGCCUAGAGAUCGGGCAGCUGAAGAUCUCGCUGUUCUACGAAGAACAGGACGAUUAGCCAGCGAACGACGUAGGGGUGGGAGAGCUCAGAACCACGUCGCACCGUCGGACGAGGAGUUCCCCGCCACUGUCACAGGCGCAGAGUUCCCGAGUAUCAUAAAGCGGAGCGAUUCUGGCGCCGUACCGCGUUCAUCACCACGGCGGCCAUCUACCGCCCCGAAUAGAGCACAAGACGGUAUGGGGACCACUCGUCCGCGUCUUCUGUCCGCGACUACUCCGUUAGUUGCGUAUAACGUCCCCGACAGAUCCGUCUCUCCUCUUUAUGCUAGUGAGGCCUCAUCGCGACCCGCGUCACACCUUCCGCCACAGACCGUCGACCAGCUGCAGUACCUUGCAGACCAGCUCCGAGCCCUGCAUCCUAUGUUGGCCGCGGAGAUGCACCGUCCUCGCGUUCCUGGCCCUCGCCACGGCCCGCGCCCGUGUACGCCGCAGAGCGGGUCGUCCAGUGGCCUGACCACACCGCGCGGACAGUCGACCUUUACCAUCCCCAGACGGUCGUCGCACGACAUGCAAAGCAUUGAUAGUCACGUUCAAGAGGUAACUUUCCCCGAAGGAACGGGCCGGUGUGCCUCGGUGUCAGAGGACGUUAGCACGCCGGGGUGCGUGUCUUGGUCUGCCCCCGCAAAGGGGAAAUGGAAGAUACCUUGGGUUGAAGAGGCAGAAGGCUCCGAGGAGCUGCGAACGGAUGACAACAUACGCGAGAAUACAGGCCCUCUUUCGCUCAAUGGCAUGGAAAUAGACGAGUCAUGCUACACUUACGAUCCUCAUAAUGCUCCGGAGUUUCUUGUAGGCACGUCCACUUCCGUCAUGCUCCAGGCCACGCCUGGUUUCCAUAGCCGACAUCAUCCACGCAAGCGUCCAGUUAGGAAACCCCGCAAUCGCUUUCAUCGGCCCACCGCCCUAGUUCUCGCACCUGGGUCUCAGCUCGACCACCAGGCGUCAGAAGGGUUCACCGAACCUACAGGCGCAUCUACUACUACAGCCCCUACACCGUCUACAGUACACUCACUCCCUCCUCCCGCGUUCGAUCUAGGCAGCCUAGAACUCCUCGUCAGGGCGGGCCCCGCUCGCCCACAUCUCGUCCCAAUCGCAAACGCAGCGAUGGAUGCGCUGAAGAUUCUCUCAUAA